CCAGCCGCUCCCACUUCCGAGCCCCGUGCGCCGUCUAUUAUUUUAAGGUCUUUGCUGUCAGCUCUUGUUUUUGAGGGAAAUUCCGCAAAUUUUCCUCGUGUUUGAGGUCACGAGGUUUCUUUUCGUUGAAUGUCACAUAGAGGUCAUGAGAGACCUGAGUCCUGAAAACUUCUGCGAAAAUGGCGGACAACAAGUGUGGAGCUGCCGCCAGCAAACGCGAAAAUAUCCAGGUUUACGUGCGAGUCAGGUCCAUGAACGAAAAAGAGCGGAUGGAGAAAAACUGCCAAAAUGUGGUCGAGCUGAAAAACGAUCGCGAAGUGAUUGUGCGCGACCGCACCAACCUGGCCAUGACCAAGACCUUCACCUUUGACAAGGCGUUUGGUCCAAACUCCAAGCAGGUCGACGUUUACAAAGCUGUGGCCCAGCCGAUGAUCUCUGAGGUGCUCAAGGGAUACAACUGCACCAUCUUUGCCUACGGUCAGACCGGGACUGGCAAGACCUUCACCAUGGAGGGUGAAAGGUCAAACGAUGAUAUGACCUGGGAAAAGGACCCUCUUUGCGGAUUGGUUCCUCGAGUCCUGAGCCACAUGUUUGACGAGCUGAGGCUGAAGAACGUAGAGUUCACCAUGGCCGUCAGUUAUCUCGAGCUCUACAACGAAGAGCUGAUAGACUUGCUCUUGCCUGAGGAGGACAACUCUAAACUGCGUUUGUUUGAAGACGCUCAAUCGAAAGGGUCUGUGAUCGUACAAGGGCUGACAGAUGUCAGAGUGCUGGACAAAAAGCAGGUGUAUGAUAUCCUCUCCAGAGGUUCCAAAAAGAGACAAACAGCUGCUACCUUCAUGAACGCCACCUCCAGUCGAUCUCACACAAUUUUCAUGGUGACAAUCCACAUCCGUGAGUCGACUGAGGCUGGCGAAGACCUGAUCAGAACCGGCAAAAUCAACCUUGUUGAUCUUGCUGGCUCCGAGAAUAUCAGCCGCUCGGGCGCCACAAACCAGAGGGCUAAAGAGGCCGGAAAUAUCAACCAGAGUCUUUUGACAUUAGGCAGGGUCAUCACAUCGCUGGUGGAGAAAACGCCUCACAUCCCGUACCGAGAAUCAAAGCUGACGAGACUGCUGCAAGACUCGUUAGGCGGCAAAACCAAGACGGCCAUUGUGGCCACGGUCUCGCCAGUGCUGGCCAACUUGGAGGAGACCCUGAGCACCCUGGACUAUGCUCACAGGGCCAAAAGCAUAACCAACAGACCGCAGAUCAACCGGCGUCUGUCCAAGCAGGCCUUCAUCAAGGAGUAUGACCAGGAAAUCGAGCGUCUCAGGAAAGACCUGAUAGCCCAACGAUCAGGUGCAGGAAUCUACGUUGACCCGGAGAAUUACAAAGAGAUGGAGACAAAAAUCGAGCGACAGGACGUAGAAAUACUGGAGAAGAUACAAAUCAUCAGAUCUCUGGAGGAGGAAAGAGAGAAAAGAGAGAGUGUGGUUCAAGAUCUGAGUGAGAAGUUAGAGGAAACGACAGAAAGGUUGGAAAGGACGGCUGCCAACCUUGCCAUCACUGAAAGGAAUCUAGACGAAAAAGAAGUUCUUCUAGACUACCACCUCAACACAGAAGAGAAUUUGAAAGUGGAAACUGGCAAAUUAAUCAGUGUCACAGACGAGACUACCAGAGAUCUUGAGAAGACGCAUGACGCCCUGGAAAGAACCAGAAAUCUUGAGGCGAAAAACACUCAGGCAUCCGCCACUUUCACCUCCAAGAUGGACAGCCUGCUGAAGUUGGCCAAAAGUGAGUCGGUGUCACACUGCGAGAAUCAACAGACGCAAAUCUCCAAUCUGGAGCGCUGCACCUCAAAGUUGGAGGAGUUGCAGAUGCAGACAAUCACGGCCAUGCGGGACGAGUUCCUCUCAUUGAAGGUGGACCUGACGGCGCAAUUCCAACAGGCUCGUCAGAAUCUUGUAUCCAACGGCAAGGAAAUCGAGCAGCUUGAAACACAAAUCGCUCAGGCUGUCACUUCGACGAACGAGGAAAUUGUGGAAAUGGUCAAGAGCAAUGCCGCUGAACAGCUGGAGGCGUUGGCUGCCAUCAAUUUGCGGCUUCUGCAGGAAAAACUGGCGCAGCACCUGCAGACGGUAAUUGAAUCAGUGACCAGCGCCUUUGAAGAAAGCAUCCAAGAUGCCAAACUGCAGGCCGAUGAAGUGAGCAAAACUUGGAUUUCACUGGAGGAGAAGAACAACAAGCUGCAGAGAGACUUGAUUGGAGAGCAAACUAAAGUUAGGGAGCUAAAAGCUGAGUGUGCAGAGAAAGCCAACAAAACCCAGGAUUAUUGGUCGAUUUGGUCGUCGACUGUUUCCCACAUCCAGAAGCUGGUUUUGGAAGGCAGCUCCAUGAGUUUGCAGGACUUCACUAACCUUGAACAGCAGUGUAAUGCUUUUGAAGAAAACUUGAAAACUCAUACAGGCAGCGCUGCAGAAAUUAGCCAAGAGAUCAAUCGAGGCGCCCAGAGCACCGCCAGUCUCAGUUCAAAAAACAUGGAGAAUCUGAUGGAGAAAUACACAAACGUGAACAAGACCCUAGCCAAGCAGAACAGAGAGGCCCAGGGUGAGGUUGCUGCUGCAGACUCCACCCUUGCCCUUGCCUCAGACCUGAUCAACUCGCAGGCGCAGGAAGUACAAAUCUCUCUUCAAAACGCUGUGUCUGACUUCAAGUCAAGCUCGUCCUCCAAGAUGGAAACUCUGGCCAGUCACAUUUCAGCUCAGGACGCCUGUCUACAAAAUGCUGAGGCCGCUGUUCAGACAAAGGAACAACAGGUGGCUGCAAUGGCCGCUCAAAAGGGCCAAGAACUGGAGGAACAAAAGCUGGUGUCCAGACAAGAGCUGGAAAUGAUGCAGCAAGUGGCCGUCGAGGGCAGGGAGGUGGCCAAUGGUUACAUCGACAGCAUUGGGCAGGUGGCCGUCACCUUUGUCAACUCGGAGCUGACCAAAUACGCCCCAACUGGAGCCACCCCUGCUAGACAGGAACGCGAGUACCCUCGGCAGCUCAAGUUCUCCUCACCAGCCCCCAGAAUCUUGGCCAGGCACUACGCCGAGUUGGCCAAGCACUACGCCGAGUUAGACAGACAACAAAAUCAAGUUCCAGACAGUGGAUUGAACUCUCCCUCAAAUUCAAAUUCUUCCACAACCACUGGUUCAUCUGAUGUGGAGAACCGGCUACAAGAAGCUGCUGUGAAUUUGGUCAAAAAUUUGGAGCAGUCUCAGGAACCUGGAAGGAGAGUGCUUGGAUCGAGAAAUCAGUAGCGCUGCCUGGAAACUUGUGAAGACUAUUUUAUUUCAAACUAAUUGGACUUUUAUAUGUGGCAUUCAUGACUUAAUGAGAAAUUUUGAAUGCAAUGUAUCAAAACUAUUUACUCUAAAUUAAUUUGUCUCCCACAAAUGUAUUAAGUAAUUAAUUGUCUGCAAAGCAGCUGUUUGGUACUGGCUAAAUGGAUAUAAGAUUUACAUAAAAACAAUUUUAGUAUAAAUAAACGAAACUUUUAAUAUGUGUA